GAAGUGUUAGCCGGUUCCUUUCCCCUUUUCCGGAGCAGCUGCGGCGUGCUGUACUAGGCUGUUCAGCCAUGAGUGUUCCGGCUUUUAUUGAUGUGACCGAGGAGGAUCAGGCUGGGGAGCUGCGUGCUUACUUGAAAUCUAAAGGUGCCGAGAUAUCGGAGGAGAAUUCAGAUGGCGGACUCCACAUUGACUUGGCUCAGAUCAUUGAGGCGUGUGACGUCUGCUUGAAAGACGACGAUAAAGAUGUGGAGAGUGUAAUGAAUAGCGUGGUGUCUCUGUUGCUCAUCCUGGAGCCAGACAAGCAGGAAGCUUUAAUCGAAAGCCUGUGUGAGAAGCUGGUAAAACACAGGGAAGGUGAACGUCCUUCUUUACGACUGCAGCUACUGAGUAACCUAUUCCAUGGCAUGGACAAAAGCACCCCGGUCAGGUACACUGUGUACAGUGCCCUCAUCAAAGUGGCAGCCAGCUGCGGAUCUAUAAUGUUCAUUCCAACAGAUCUUGAUCAGGUUCGCAAAUGGAUCACGGACUGGAAUCUCAGCAUAGACAAGAAACACACUUUACUCAGGCUUCUUUAUGAGGCUCUUGUUACCAAACGAAGUGAUGACGCCGCUAAGGUGAUGGUGGAACUGUUGGGAAGCUACACAGAUGACAACGCAUCUCAAGCCCGUGUGGAUGCACACAAAUGCAUUGUGAGAGCUCUAAAGGACCCCAAAACAUUCUUGCUUGAUCACCUCCUUGCCUUAAAGCCAGUUAAGUUUUUGGAAGGAGAACUUAUUCAUGAUCUUCUGACCAUAUUUGUGAGCGCCAAGCUGUCUUCAUACGUCAGGUUUUACCAGAAUAACAAGGAUUUCAUUGAUUCGUUGGGUCUGUCACAUGAGCAGAACACGGAGAAAAUGAGACUUCUAACACUCAUGGGAAUGGCUGUGGAGAACAAGGAAAUCUCCUUUGAUACCAUUCAGCAGGAGCUGCAGAUCGGGGCAGACGAUGUGGAAGCCUUUGUAAUCGAUGCUGUGAAAACCAAGAUGGUAUACUGCAAGAUCGACCAGGCGCAGAAAAAAGUUGUUGUAAGUUACAGCUCACACAGGACCUUCGGAAAGCAGCAGUGGCAACAAUUGUACGACAUUCUCAACACCUGGAAAAUCAACGUAACUAAAGUGAAGAACAGUCUACAUAGUAUCUCUGAGGCUUGAGCAUUUUAGCCUUUUCUCCUAACCAUGCUGAGUAUUUCCACAGCUCUGGACUUUAGAGGCCAAUUCCAACCCCCCAAUACGGAUAUAUUAGUUAAAUGUGAUCACUGGCAAGUUAAAUCGUAUGCUAACUUUUUAUUCCCUUAUAAAAUUCCAGUGCUUGGAUCUCCAUACCCAGCUGCCCC